AUUUUGUAGACUUUAAGAGAUGAACAGAUUUUUUAACUUGAAAAGAGUAAAAUUUUCUUAUGCCUAUAUGCGCUUUUAUGGAGUUUCCUUUGAAGUCUUUAAAGUAAAAAAUACAUGUAGACCUAUUUAUUUAGAUUUUUCUGCCACCACACCCGUUGAUCCGCGAGUACUUGACGCUAUGCUACCUUAUUUUACUAACAUGUGGGGAAAUGCCCAUUCACGAACUCACUCUUAUGGCUGGGAGAGUUCAGAUGCCGUAGAAAAAGCUAGGGGGCAGGUCGCUAGCCUUAUUAAUGCUGAUCCCAAAGAAAUUAUAUUUACUAGCGGUGCCACGGAAUCCAAUAACAUUGCUUUAAAAGGCCUUUGCAGAUUUUAUAAAGCAAAGAAAAAACAUGUGAUCACCACUCAAACUGAACACAAGUGUGUAUUGGAUUCUUGUCGAGCUUUAGAAAAUGAAGGCUUCCGCGUUACUUAUCUUCCUGUGCAGCAUAACGGAUUAAUAAAUCUCGUUGAUUUGGAGAAAUCUAUAUGCUCUGAUACCGCUGUCGUUUCGAUUAUGACUGUGAAUAAUGAGAUCGGAGUGAUUCAGCCCAUCCUGGAAAUCGGCCGCAUUUGUCAGAAUCACAACGUUUUUUUUCACAGCGACGCUGCUCAGGCGAUUGGGAAAAUUCCUUUUGAUGUUAAGAAAAUUAACGCAAGUUUAGUUUCUAUAAGCGGUCAUAAAAUUUAUGGACCGAAGGGAAUUGGCGCGCUAUACGUGCGUCGCCGGCCACGUGUUCGCCUGGAACCUCUUCAAAGUGGCGGAGGGCAAGAAAGAGGCAUUCGCAGUGGAACACUCCCAACUCCGCUUAUCGUCGGGCUGGGAGAGGCCUGCAAAGUCGCAUUAGAAGAAAUGCAGUACGAUUCCAUGCGAAUUGAAGCGUUAUCCAAUAAACUGGUGAAUGGAAUUCAAUCAAGAAUUUCGCACGUCGUUCGAAACGGAGAUUCCAAGUUUUCCUAUCCAGGUUGUGUUAACUUGUCGUUUUCAUUCGUCGAAGGCGAAUCACUUUUAAUGGCGCUGAAAGAAAUUGCACUCAGCUCAGGAUCGGCUUGCACAUCUGCAAGUUUAGAGCCCUCCUAUGUUUUGAGGGCUUUGGGAACUGACGAAGAUUUGGCGCACUCAUCCAUUCGUUUUGGGAUUGGCCGGUUCACUACAGAAAAAGAAAUUGACUUUGUAGUUUCGAAAUGUGCAGAGCAUGUGCAACGCCUUCGUGAUAUGUCGCCUCUUUGGGAAAUGGUGAAUGAAGGAGUUGAUUUGAAAACUAUUCAGUGGAGUCAGAAUUAAGUUUUAUAUAUAACGCUGACG